UCGGGUUUCAGAAAAUUACAGUUUCUUUUCUCCAAGUCAGUAUUAAUAGUUGCUCGAAACUUGCUUAGCACGAAUAAACGAACAAUGAUGAAGGUAGUAGCAACUCUACUCUGCUUGGUGGCAGUCACUCAGGCCAACUUCACCGUCAAACAGAUGGAAAAGAUCCACUCAUCGUUUGUGAACUGCACGACCAACUUGAACAUCCCCGAGGACACCGUCCACUACGAGCAGAUCACCGUUACCGGAAACCUGACCGUCAAGGAUUCGAUGUACAAGCGUAACCUGCUGUGCCUGAUGCAGGGCAUGCGUAUCGCCAAACCGACCGGCGACAUUGACGUGCCGAACAUGCGGGAGUUCCUGCGGGAUGGCCACGACGAAAAGUCGCUGGGGGAAAUGCUGGAAAUUUGCGCCAAAACGGCGAAGGGGGCGACUCCGGAAGAGAAGGCCUACCAGUUUCAUCAGUGCUUCUGGACGCAGGAUAAGUUUGUGGUGUGAUGGGUUAGAAAUCAACAUUUGUUUUAUUUAAAUAAAUAAAAUUGAAAAUAAAACAAU